AUGCUAGGCACAAAGCUUACAAUGAAAGAAGAGAAACGAGACGUAUUGAUAUUGAAAGACAAACGAUCAAUCCCCAUGAUUUGGUCGAUCAUACUUGCGGCUUUUAGCGCCUUGACAAAUACACAACUAGUGUCAACACAAACGAAAUCUCCAAGGGCAAAACCUAAUCUAUUCGAUCCUGUUCUCUCCGCUGAUGGUUACACUGGUCAUUUGAAAGAAAACGAACGGAUCGUUCAGCUUCAGCCUCGUCUCGCGGCAUCUGACGCUGACUCAAGUAAAACUGUGAAUGGUAAAAUCUGCGGUUAUGAAUUAUCAUUACACAAACAUGAUGAUAUUCUCGCCGAAGCAACGCCCAGCAUUCCAUUCACUGUUGAACUGAUCGAUAAUCAGCCUGUUAUAAAACUGAAAUCCACUGCUGAUCCACUCGAUUGUGAAAUAAAACGGACGCAUCGUUUGUUUGUCCGUGCUUACGAUUGCGCACCAUCAGAUAAACGUCGUUAUUCAGAAAGAUCAGCAGUAAUAAUAACUGUCGAUGAUGUGAAUGAAUAUGCACCGGUAUUUACGCAUAGCAAUUAUUUAUUCAAGUUGCAUCAAGAUGAAACGUGUGAUGAAUCGUCGUGUCGUGUCGAAGCCGUUGAUGACGAUUGCGCCAAUCCUGAUCAUCGAGUUUGCGGUUAUGAAAUCGUUACACCGAAUGUUCCAUUCGCCAUCGAUUCGAAUGGUUCAAUAUCAAUUACAAAACAUUUAGAUAACAAUCAAUACGAAUUCGAUGUCAUUGCUAUUGAUUGUUUUCCUGCGAGUGAUAAUACCAGAAAAGUCAGUCAACCAGCUCGAGUGACUUUCAAAAUCAUCAAAACAUGCCAACCGAAUAUCAAUGACAAUGCACCAUCGGAACUGAUUGUUCAAUCUGAUCAUAUUCAUCUCUUCGACAGUGUCAACGUAAACACAUGUCCCGACUCAUGCAAUGUCGAAGAUAUUGUUGGUACCGUUGAAUUGUACAGUAAUGGAUUAGAUAGCGGUUGCAACCUUCAACAAUGCUCAUCGAUCGAUCGUGAAUAUAUCUUAUUAGAAAAAGAUAGUCAGGCGACUGGAAUCCCUCCGUCAAAAAUAAUGACCUUUAAUGGUUAUAAUCAAGCAUUAAUUGUUAAUCAUUCACAAUUUUCAGGCCAUUUAAAUAACGAAUUUACAAUUCAGAUGUGGAUGAAACAUAAUCAUGAUGGUAAUAAUAAUAACAACAACAACAGCAACAAUGAAAAGGAGCAUAUUUUCUGUAAAAGUGAUGAAAAAUUAAAAAAUCGUCAUCAUGCAGCAUUAUUUAUUCAAAAUAACUAUUUGAAAUUAUUGAUUCGUAAAGAGCCAUUAUCAGGAAAAACAUCCACCAAGUAUCCAUCGGAAUGGAUAUGGAAAGUCCCCGAAAUCAACGAUAAUCAAUGGCAUUCGUAUAAAUUAUUUGUGCAUUAUCCAGAGAAGGUCGAUCUAUACAUUGACGAUCGUCUAGUUGUCCCCACGAAAGAUUCAUUUCGCAUUGUGGAGGAUAUUCCAUUAAGUGAGAUACCUGGCACACAAGACACAAUCUUUGCAUUGGGCGCCUGUUGGCAUGCACGAGCAUCCCGAUUGGUUCAACAUUUCCAUGGCCAACUAUCGGGAUUGACAAUUGUACAAAAAGAAGAAUUACAACGUUCUUCAAACUGUGUUCGAGAUUGCCAUCAAUAUCUCAACAUUCCUGAUGUUCAAAAAGAAGAUGGUGUUGAAUUCAUGAGCAAUGUUAAUCGUUCAAUGUGGAUAUUGCGUACAGACAAUACGGCAUCGUAUGAAAAAUUAUUGAAACAUCUUGUCUAUCGUAACACAUUUCAACCACUUGGUCCUCAUGGAAAACGAACAGUCACAGUGAACACACGAGUAAAAUGUGCAGGUGAAGUUCAUACAUAUGAUCUUCCAACAUUUACUCGACAAGUCUCAAUUAUCGAACCGAAAAUACCGACUAAAAUCGAAAUCCGAUCUGAUACGAGUUAUAACGUACCAGAAGAAGUGAUAGAUCGAGGCAUUUAUCUUUAUCGAAAUUUGUCAAUUUAUACCAAUGCAAUUAAACGAAAUCAAGGCGACAUUAGCGAUUGCAGUCUACGAGCUACACCAACUUUAUCAAACAGCGAACAAUUAAUUAUACCAAAUGAUGAAAAUCUUGACCAUACAAUUACAAAAGAAGGUGCCGUUAUUACCGGUGUCGGAUCUAUUGAUGCUUAUCAAUAUUUACUUCGACAAAUUGCUUACAUUUCAAAAAUGCCAGUUACAUACGUUGAUCGCUCAUUUACCCUCGUAUGCAAUGGUGUUUAUGAUCGUGUCAUAACAAAUGAAAUUCGUGUUCGAAUUCAUAUUGAAAAACAAAUGGCUCCACCAGCUCCAGUGGCUGCUGCCCGUUCAAAUAAAUUUGUGGUCAAUAAUGAUGAUAUCGAUGAAAAUUUCAUAGAUGUCGAUGACGAUAUCUAUCCAACUAAACGAAGUGUAUCAGACUGGCCGAUUGCUGUUGUUGUUUGUGUAUCAGUUGGUCUCGUUGGUGUACUUGUUCUUUAUCUGGUUGUUCGCAUGCGUUCAAACAAUCGACAAUAUCAUUCAUCAACAAACAACGCUGAUGAUAUGCAUUCACAAAUGGAGUGGGAAGAUGAUAUUGGACUUAAUAUCACUGUUAAUCCAUUAGAUGAAACAAAAAAAUCUACUCAACCAGUAAAUAUUCACAAUGUUGAACAAACAAGAGAUAAUUAUUCAGGUUCAAGUUCGGAUGACGAUGACGAUGAUUACGAAAAUAAUGCCCGUCGAAAUGAAUAUUCAUCGGAAGAAGAAAAUGAUUAUCAAACUCGUGCAAAAGAUCCAAGAAAAAUCGAACAUCAAUUAGAAUGGGACGAUGCAGCUAUUGAAUAUGGACCCAAGAAAGUUUGA